ACUGUAUUGCACCCUCGCUCAACCCAGCGCUAGAAGGAAAACCCAUUCUCCUCCGGUGUCGGUUACGCGAUGAUCUAACGAGAUCUGCACUCCGUUUCUUCUGGCAGCAAGCAAAUCGGAAGUUCAGCGACAGCACGGCAAAAACCUCCCAAUCCAACAAACACACACUGACGACACACUUUCGAACGUGUAACGCGCGUGAAGCUGUAAAUUCCAGUGACAUCAAUGUGAGGCAGCAGCAGCAGCAGCAACAGCAACAAACCAAGAAAGUGAAGUUAAUUUAGGAAUAACCAGAAUCGUGCACCGAUGGGACUGUGACUGUGAGUGUAUAUGUGUAUUUGUAGUGCGAAAUUUAUGAAUAGUAAAUAAACAUGGAGAGCGACAGCAAAACGGUACCGGACUCCGCAGAAGUGUCUCUGCGCAGCCCUGGCGAGCCGGAAUCGACCGUACUGGAGGAGCAGCGGACGGGGAUCGUAGCUGAGCUGACCGCCGUAUCGGUGGCCGUUGCUGCGGCCGCGUCCGACAAGUCGACGAGCGAUCGCAACUCGUUCGCCGGCAAUUUGGAGGGCGCGCUGAAGGAAAAGAACAUCCCGGUGCAGAAGAAGCUCUCGCAGGACGAAGAGGAAGAGGAGCAGGAGGAGGAGGAAGAAGUAGAGGAAGAAGUUGAAGAGGAGGUUGAAGAAGAAGAAGAGGAAGAAGAGGAGGAAGAAGAAAAAUCUGCGGCAGAAAAGUCGAAAACAGUUCCAUCACCGACGCCAGCAGAGAAGUUGGAUGUUAAAGAAUCUUCUGAGCCAAGCCUUCCAGAAGAAGAGAAAAAGGGUAUCCAAGCGGUUGAAACGAUCGUUAGUAACUCGCCCACUGAGAAAGCGGUAAAAUCAGAACCCAAAGAGGAGGAUCAGAAGGAAGAGCUUAACGCAGAAGAAUCUGAACAGAAAGCGGAGGACAAGCAGAAAGAGCUUAUCGCAGAAGUACCAGAGCCAGCGAAGGAACCUUCCGCUGAAGCGUCGCCUGCGAGCGUGACGUCACCCGGUGAGAAGGAUUCUGAAGGGGAGUUGAAGGAGCAUGGCGAUAAGCCGAUGGUGCCACCGCAGACGUACCUCUGGGAGGAGAUUAAGAAGUCCAAGGAACAGGUAAGCGAUGGAGGCUAUCCAUGGACACACCUGUACAAAGGCGAACCGGUGGAGGGUGCGGAAGCACAGCAACCACCAACCGAAUCACCCGCAUCGAACCGUCGACGAAAGGUUGAUGGUGAAACAGAGGUAGACGAGGAAGAAAUACUCGCAGAAAAGAAGAUUAAGGUCCAGAAUGGGGAACGCUCCAUGGACAUCGAAGUGGCGACCACCUCGAAUGGACACUGUGAAGAACCUGAGAUGUCGGAAGCGGCCACUAGCUCCAGUGAACCAAAGCCACAGUCACCGAGGCGCAGCAGAAAGCGGGCGGCAUCGCACGAACCGGAAUCCCCGAGCGGUCGCCACUCGGUAAAGCAGGAGAUCAAACACUUCCUGGAUGAGCAUCCGGCGAUACGCAGCUUCAGCAACAGCCUCACCCGACAGGGCAAGAAGACGCGCACCUUCGUCAGCCGGUCGCUCGAGCGGGCAAAAUCGAUGGCCGACCGGGGGCUGGAUCGGGCCCGGGUGCAGAUGAACACGCUGCGCCGCAAGAAGGCAGCAUCGGAACCGCGCGGCAUGCCCGACCAGAAGAUCUUGAAUCUGCGCGAAUCGCCCCGGCUGAACAAUCGAGAAAUUCCAGCGUACGUUGUCCGCCAGCCGAGCGACGAAGCGAUUGCGGCAGCGGCGGUGGUGGAUGAAGAGACGAUCGUGAAGGUUACGGUAGAAACGGAAGCGUCCAAGAGUACGGUAGUCGUACCGGAUGAGAUCAUUGAGCUGCCGAAGGACGAGGAACUAAGGCCGCAGCAGGUGGAAGAGCCCGUUAUGGAGGUGGAAGUGUCGGCACCGCCGGUAGAUGACACUGCCGCAGUCGAGGAUGAUCGGUACGAAAUUAUUGAGCCACCAAAAACGGAAACAAUCGCUAGUGUGCUGCCAGCGCCGGUUGAGGUUCCCGAGUCACCGAUAGUGCCGGUGAAAGCUAAACCACCGCUGAAAGCACCUCGCAAGAAGAAGGACCAUCACUACGAAGAUAUAGACGACUUUGAGCCACAGCCAAAGAAGGAACCGGUAGCGGAAGCUGCCUCUCCGGAACCGGUCACAGAUCCUAAGCUGAAACGUCAGGAGCACAUUAAGGAAGGGUUGGACCCGAUCCUGGGAGAAAUGUUGGGUAACGACAAGAUCAAGAUAUCGCUCCAGCUCCAGGACGAGAAGUUCGCCGACGACAUGCUGACGUUCGGUCGGCGCAAGCAUCUGGACGAGAUAUUGCAGCAAUCGUCCGAGGAUGAAGGGAAGGAACCGAUCAAGCUGGCGAGCAAAGGGCUGUUGGCACCGAUAUCGUCCAUUGAUUCGACGUCCUCCGAUGAGGAGGCACGUCGUACCCAUCUCAGCACGCUGGCCGAGGAAAGCGAUACGGGCAGCAUCGAUGGUGGCGCCUCACCGUGCAAGAAGCAAGACUCGCUCAAGGACUCGGAGUUGCCCCCGGUGGAAGAGUGCAGCAAGGAGCUGGAGCUGACGCCCGCCGAGGAACAUCUGCUGAUGGAGGCGGAAAAGGCAGCGCAGGAGAGCGAGUCACCGAAGCAGGCCGAAAGUCCGGCAGCUCCAGCAGUGGAACCGGUAGCGGAACAGGAAUCGGCCGCAGUACCGGUGGUGGAAACGGACCAGCCAAAGGUUGACACUCGUUGGUCAAAAAUGAGGUACGUAAAGAGAUGCUUUCGUUUGCGCUUUUGCUUGCGAUCGGGGUGCUGUAGAAGGAAGGGAUGAUCUUUGUGUAGCGUAAUAGCGUGUAAGUGUUCAAGAUCAAGUAGUAGAUCGGUGCAGAUUUGUAAGCGUCUUAUUAGUAACUGUGUCAAGUAUAGGCUAUAUCUUGUGCAUCGCGACAGUACCCUACUAAAUGACCCUAAUCGGAAAAAGGGAAAUUCUAAAGAAUUUGCAACAAAACCAUGAUUGCGUCAACACAUCACCCAAAGCCUCCCAGCCGUCUAGAUCACAGACCAAGACGGGACCGUGUUACGAUAAAAGAAAGGAACGAAACAGUACGCCAUCCAUCCUUCGCUAAUAAUAGGCUAAGAGUGCUCUGCAGCCAAAGCCGAAACUUGAUGUGCUAUUUUCGUGGUUGAGCGAACUGUUGCAAAGCCGCUAUUGGCACUCGGGGAGCGGAAGCAUGUUGUACACCCCGCUUUUCAUUUUUUCGUUUUAUUCACCUGAGUAACUCGAGUGUUUGAAGUACUCGCAUCAGGAUAGUUCUAUGGGUGCGCCUUUCACAACGGUUCUCGUGUUUGCAAUUAUGAAUGAGACACAACGGUACGGAACUCAACGUUUGACGGAUCGUUGACACUUUACCGUUGAGGAAUGAGUUCACCGGUUGGGACACAGGUAGGAUGCAAAACGGAUGAGUCAACCGUAAAGUUUUGACAAGGUGCCAACACUAACAUCCACUAAGAUCCCUUUUGGAUGUGUGCAAAGUGCAAUGCAGUGGAAGGCAUGGAAGGUUUGCGACGUACUGGGAAUGGAUGAGACUGUGACACGAGACGGUAAAAGAUUGAUGGCAACUGCAAUAGUGGCAGGAACGUGUACAUCAGAUCACUAUUAAAUGGUCUUUGGAUGUGUGUUUGGACGGGGGACUGUACAAGCUACAGAGGAGUGUGAUGAACAUAAUGGUCUUUUUCUAGCUUGUUGCUUGCUUUAUAACGGUAAUAAAGGGGUUGUUGAACGUCCUGAAGGUAGAAUAACCGAUCCAAGGUCCAUGAGGGGUUUCCGCAAAUAAUGUAUGUACGUCUCUUUAUUUAUUGACAUUUGUUGCUUGUACACCUGUCAGAAAUUUGUUUGCUGUUUCUUUUUUUUAAUAAAUCCUGGAUAUUGAAUUUUA